AGGAGUAAAAAUAUUAUGUUUUAUGUUUUUGUUUUUUUUCCCCCACCAGCUCAACCCCAGUCUGAUUCCAAGCUCGUGCUCUCGGAGCCUGCUGAGGGAGACGCUGCCAAAGACCAUAAUGGGUUUCGCCAUGGCAGCGCUGGCGCACCCACGCUGAGUAACGGCAACGGAAUCCAUCCUGGCGCUGGCGGACCCGGCGCCACGCGGCCAUGCACCUGCGGCGCCAACAUCAACACGAGCGCCACGGGUGGGUCAGGCCCUGGCACAAGAGCAGCGGCGGCCAAGCCAAUGACAGAGCAGCCCAGGAAGCAGCCCUCCACGCCUGUGUCACAGAGGAUGCAGAGAAAAUUGAGGUCCAGCUUGUCAGUCAACAGUGACAGCAGCCGGCGCAGCAAAGGCAGUUCCACGGGGUCACAGAAAGCUCCUUUACCAGAGGACUGCUGCGUUCACUGCAUCUUGGCCUGCCUUUUUUGUGAGUUCCUGACACUUUGCAACAUGGUGGUGGCCCAGGCCUCGUGCGGCGCAUGCACAUCAGAGGCUUGCUGCUGCUGCUGCUGCACCGACGACCUGGGCGACGACUGCAACUGUCCCUGUGACAUGGACUGCGGCAUCAUGGAUGCCUGCUGCGAGUCCUCAGAUUGCCUGGAAAUCUGUAUGGAGUGCUGCGGCAUCUGCUUCCCCACAUAGGGAGGACCAGAUUUUAGGUGGACCAGGGUGUCUCCGCUGGGAAUAACUGGACCCUGGAUGAAAAUAUGGAAGGAAACCUCUGCUCCUGUUGCUUUGAAUUCAGCAACAGACAGAGGGAAAAGUGUGUGUUUGUGUAUGUAUGAGUGAUUUUUUUAAUGUGUUCUUGUCCUUUAUUUGUGUCUUUUCGGUGUGUUUGCAAUAGUGCGGGUUGUGUAAAGCAUGCUUUGUAAGAUGUAUUUUGACACUGGGCUUCUCCAUCCAAACCAGCUCAGCAGGGGCUAGAAGUAAUUCCAGAUAUAUGAACAUGUCAGUUAAGUCUUCAGUGUAUUGUAAGUAUUCUAUUAGAAAAGUGUUAUCACAGACUGCCUUUAAAGUUUUUAUUGAUACAUCAGGAAAGCUGUCUAAUUGCAUCUUAUCUCGCCUCUCUUUAGUCAUUUUUAGUGACUGAUGUGUUGCCUGCACUCCACAAAAUGAACAUUUACUCAGUUUUCAUUUUCAAUUGUGUUUUUUCGAUGCUCAAAAAAACUGACAUUGCAGACUUAGUACUGUACAACACUGUAAGAGGUUUAUGUGAUGAUUCAUACAUUCCUAAUUGCAUACUGUAGUUUUGCAACACAGAUUUCCUUUUAGACACAUCUACAGUACAGCAGUUGAAACUGGUGAAAUAUCAAAAGUGAGUCAUCACAUUAUGUUACUUUCUGACACUAUAGGCAAGAGUGUGACAAAGUGUUUUACUUCUGAAUUGAAGUGACCUAUUAUUACAGAACAGAAAUGCACAACAUUGCUGAUAAGGUCGUGAUUGUUUGCAAAAUUUUUUACAAAUUGCUUGAAUGUUUAUGAAAGAAUCUCAUCUCAUUCUUCCUGAUUUGACGGAAUUUGCCGCCUUGGGUUUACUGGAAAUGAAGUGCACAUAUGCACGGUUUUUAUUACAGAAGGUCCUGACCAGCUCAGAGAAUAGUAUUCUGUAUUAAGAUGUACAAUGUGCACAGCUCAAGUCUUUAUUUCUGUGGGAGUCCUCUAAUGUUAGCCAUCAAUGAUUAGUUUUUGUCAGCUCCAUAUGGUACAAGUCUUCUCUGUGAUGCUAUUUUACACACAUACUGUGGAAGCAUGACUUGUUGAACUGCACUCCGUUCAUAAGGGGCCAUGAUAAGGAAUUAAAAAAUGGUGACCCUAGUUGCCAUAUAAGCGGCUUUUGGGUAUCAAGCCUAGUGACUCACAAUACAAAAAAGGGAAUCACGAACUGUCGUGUUGAAAUGGUAAACUAAUGCAGGGUAAAGGCAGUUUUCUUCUCCUUUUUUUUCUCCCCCUCGUUCUUCACUUCUGUCUAUCUCAAGAUGAGUUUGUGGUGAAUCACCAGCAGAGUCAUUUUCUUGUCUUGGAGAUCCGCUUUGAUGUUGUUUAAGUGAUGAUACUUAAUGCUGGCCCUCAUUAGCACUGCUUACUAAAUGGUAACAAAAAAACGUCCCUUCCCAACGCCUUCAAAGAUAAUGUGCUGUCAUGUACAGUUCGUCUUAAUGGCGCGCUGUUAUGUGUAUAAGGAGGCUGGAUAGGCACCUCUUCAACAGAUAGUAUGCAGAAAGUAAACCUCAUUUUCAUGUUUAUGAUUAACUCAAACCACAAGUUUGUUACAGGCUAAAGAGUGUCAAGAAAACACUAUAUAGAUAAUGUGAAGAAUUUAUCUAAAAAGAAAAUAUAUAGUAGUUGUCUUAUACUAUACUGUUUUGCUUUGUUUUUGCUGUGCCUUAGACUUGAUUCUUCUCAUUUUCAUCUGGAUGCCUCCUUGCUUGACAUGGAGUUCAUAGCUCAUUUUAUUAGUUUUGUACAUUAUCUUAAAUGUCAAAGAGAACAGUUUUUAAAAAAAAAAUAAAACACCAAAAAUGAUCAUGGUUUUACGCCAUUUUAACAAAUAAAAAUACCUCUUGGUUGUG